AUGAUCGACGGGCAUGGCCAAUUAGCUGGGGAUAUCAUCCUCAACUCAUUGCCUAAGUCAUAUGACCAGCUUACUAUGAACUACAAUAUGAAUGGGAUGCAGAAGACACUUGCAGAGCUGCAUCAGAUGCUCAAAACUGCUAAGGUGAAUAUACCCAGCAAGACUACACCAGUGCUAAUGAUCAAUGAGGGUCAUGUUAAGAAACCUAACACCAAGAAAAGGGGUAAUCAGGGCAAAGGGAAGGGCAAAGGCAAAUUAGUUGCAAACAAGAAGCCUCAGAAGGAUGCUAAGUGUUUUCAUUAUAAUGAAAUUGGGCACUGGAAGAGGAACUGUGCUAAGUAUUUAGCUGAACUGAAGCAAGCCAAGGCUUCAGGAGGAGAGUACUCAGGUAUAUAUGGACUAAGAAAGAUUAAGAAGCUGAAACAAGGCGACUUGGAGGUCCAUGUUGGCAAUGGACAAAGAGUUGCUGUGAAGGCGAUUGGAGAAUAUGUUCUUUUACUUCCUUCUGGUUUAGAACUUGUUUUAAACAAUGUUUAUUUUAUUCCUAGUGUUACUAGAAAUAUUGUUUCGGUUUCUGCUUUGCAUGGACAAGGUUUCAAUUAUCGUUUUAAUGGUGAAUUUAUUUCUGCUUAUUUUAAUGAUGUAUUUGUACAUUUGUGCUCGAAAUCAAUAUGA